UCCUCCCAUGUUCACUCGUCACAAUUCUCACUGGAUAGGCACGCAUUGCAAAACAUGAGGAGCAUCGUGUGGCACCUUAUGUUCUUAUCCGUUUCUUUAUUCGACACUGCUGAAGUUCCAAAGCGAUGCUCAGCGCCGCCCCAAUACCCGUCAACCAGAUUCGACAGCAAUUUGGACAGCGGACGCAAAUUCGACAGCGGGGAGAAAGUUGACUACAAGUGUGCCGAGGACCUUGUCGCGUACACUGGCAGCCCCUCUGUGAUGUGCGUCAAUGGAACGUGGACCACGCUGACACUCAAAUGCGAAAGUGGCUGUAGCGCUCCAGCCAAUUCGGACGAGUCUCACGCCAACCUCGCUGACGACUUCAUCAGCAGGACGACUUUUGGCCGUGGUGAGCGAGUCCGGUACACUUGUGACGUCGGCUACAGUCCAGUAGGUGGCAGCAGAUACCGGAGCUGUAGCAGAGGACAAUGGACGCCGCUUCUGCUCAAGUGUGAACGGAAACUGUGUGGCUCUGCUGGGGAGAUUAAAAAUGGUCGCUUCGUGUAUACCGGAGUGCAGUUUGGAGACACCGCUACAGCUCAUUGUGAUGACGGGUUUCAGCUUGUAGGACGGCCAACCAGGAACUGCAUGAGUUUCGGCUGGGAUGGCCAUGCUCCCUUUUGUGAAGUGGUGGAGUGUGAAGAGCCUCCAGAGGUGGCCAAUACAGAGCGAAAAGGCACAGAGGAGGCGCCGUACAAGUACAGGAGUGUGGUUGUGUACGAGUGUCGUGCAGGGACCCUGCUGGGGAACAAGGCGAUAUGGUGCACAGAGGACGGCACAUGGAGCACACCUCCUACAUGCAAAGAAAUUACAUGUCCAUCUCCAAAAGUGCCCAACGGCUCCUGGACGCGAGGUCACAUCCGACUUUAUCAACACCGAGACACGAUCGCCAUUGGCUGUCGCCACGGUUACACAGUGGUGGGCACCAGCACGGUCACCUGUGGUGACGAUGGUCAGUGGAUUCCCAGCCUUCCCAAAUGUAGACGCAAGUCAUGGCAUACUAAAUGGCAAAGCCAAUAUGCUGUCGGAUAUGGGAUGCUACAUUAGUAAGUCCAGGACCAAACAGAGGAUGGAAAAUUACCUUUGGAGCUUAAUACUUUGCUGCCAGGUUAUAACAGCGUUACACACAUUAAACAUGUUUUUAAAAUGAA